GGAGAAUAUAGCCCAACAGAAGAGAUUACGAAGUGGUUUAGAAAAAUUACACGAAACUGGUAUACAAAUAGAACACUUGAAUGCUAAACUUGCUAUACAAAAAGUUAUUUUGGAAGAGAAAACAGUCUCAUGUGAAGCACUUAUGGUAGAGAUUAAUGAAUCAACUAUAAUUGCUACAGAAAAAAAGAAACAAGCUGAAGAAAAAUCUGUUGAACUGGCUGAACAAGCACAAAUAAUUAAUGUUGAAAAGGCUGAAGCUGAAGAAGUCUUAGCUGAAGCUUUACCAGCAGUUGAAGCAGCUCGUGCUGCACUUGAUGAACUGGAGAAAAAUGAUGUUACCGAAAUUCGAGCAUUUGCUACACCGCCUAAACCUGUACAAUUUGUUGGUGAAGCACUUUGUCAUGUUUUACAAUCUGGUGAAAUUAGUUGGAAAGCUGCACGAGGUUUAAUGGCUGAUGCUAAUUUCAUUGGUACACUACAACAAAUGGAUGUUGAACAGAUACCAGUGAAAAAUAUAACUGCUAUAAAAGAUUUAAUUGUUAAACGAAAAUUCACCUAUGAAGAUGUCAAGUUAGCCAGUAAAGCUGGUGGAGGAAUUUAUAAAUUCAUUUUAGCUGUUGUCACAUUUCAUGAUGCUUGCAGAGAGAUUCGUCCGAAAAGAGAACGUGUCAAAGCCUUGGAACGUGAUUAUAAUAAGGCUAAAAAAGAUUUACAAAAAUUACAAGAUGAAGUAACUAACUUGGAGAAUAUGCUGAUAUCAUUAAGGCGUCAGUUUGAUUCAGCUCAAACAGAAAUGGAGAAUUUAACGAAUACAAUGAAUAUUAUGAAGCGUCAAUUGUUAGCUGCACAGAAAUUGACAGAUGGAUUGGGGUCUGAGAAAGAACG